UCCCGCCGGUCACUCGUCCGUGUUACUGUUCGUCGAAUACGCGUCCGACCACAACGCGCCCGGUGCACCGACCGCAGCUGCACACCCGCAUCGUCAUCGUAAUCAUCAUCGUCAUCGUCGUCGUCGUCGUCGUCAACAUCAUCAGUAUCGUAUGUCAGCGUCGUCGUCGUCGCCGUCGUCGUAGCUGAAGUCACACGGACACAGGACCCGAGGGCCCGCGCAUCACGGCCGCGAACGUACGGGGAGACCGCGGCAGCGGCGGUAGCCCCGCAAUGCCGCCGCUGAAGUCACUACCGAUCCCGCCGAUCGUCACGCCGCUGGUGGCACUGGUGCUGACCACGCUCGUGUUAGCCACUUGCAGCGCUGCGCCCGACAUAUCCAUGUCCAUACACGGCGGCGUGGGCACGUCGGGUGACGAUCGCGAGAAAUCCUCUUUCACGGUCAAUCAGAUCCACACUAUUUUGUCCAGUAUCGAGUUCAGGCUGAGAGACUUGUCAAAUACGAUGAGACGAGACCAACAGAUUGAAAGGAUCAAUUCCAGAAUAGACGUAAUGCUCAACAAGCUCAGCCACUUAGAAGUGUCCAACGGACUGUGGUUUGAUAAGUUUCAACAGUCGGUGGUGGAGGAAUGUGGUCCGAACCACAUGACCAGACGUCUGGACAAGGCUCAACACCAACUGGAAAUCACGUUAGAACACAUGGAGACCACUCUUCAGACCGUGCAUAAUCAUCAAAAAGAACUGGAGAAAGAAAUAAAAAAAGUGACUGACAGACAGACGGAAAUGUCCGCGGAUAUUCAAUCCAUGAGAAAAGAUAUGAGUAACGAGUUUAACAAGCAUAAUUCUAGUCAGAAUGCUUUCAGAGAACAGCUACAAGAAACCGUCUCAAACUUUUUUCAACAAUCGAAAAUCGUAGACAAAUCACUAAAUACCUGUCUUUGUAACCAAAACGAUGAUCCAAGUCAACUCCCGGACACAACGACUACGAACAAACUAGCAACAACGGUAAACAGUAUGUAUAAUGGACUCAAAGAACGCUCGGAUGACAUGCAAAUCUUACUCAAAGAAUUGAUCGAAAUUACUGAUAAAUACCGUCGGAGAUUGGACUCCGAUAGGCAUGACGUGAUUAGCGAAUUUUUAGACAGUUUCAUGGAAGCGGCCAUUAGCGAAAUAGCGGCAAUUCAGAAGAAAUCAGAACAAGAACUUGAAGCCAAAUUCAAAGAGCAACUGCAAUUGCUCGUGGACGGACAAAACUUGUUUAUGGUCAACUGUCAUCGAUUGCAAUCAAACGAACAUCAAAUCGAAAACGACAUGGUUUUCAUACUAGAACGGAUAAUGAAUCAUAUCGAUAACAAAACUAUUUCUGAGACUACAGCGUUGGAACAAAUAUCGAAAACGUUGAAAACCCAAAGAAGUCAGGAGGAAAAGAUGUUUGCGGAGCUCUCGGAACUCGGUAAGACACAGACCGAUCAAGUUGUGAGGACAGUAGCGUACUCCACCAAUCAAGUUAUAAAAUUACACCAAGAUGUAAUGAAUAUUUCCAAUGCACUAAUGGUGGCAAAUUGCGGUGGUAGUCCGAGCAACGGAACGACUACUAUAAAUGCGACGGACGUCAAUAGCGCAUUGAACAUUCAUCACGUCAGCAAUAACAAAAAUCCGCUGAUGAUAAAAAACAAGUCCGAAAAACCGACAACGACACAACAACAUGAGAAGUCGAACGCUCGCGGAAAACCAACAACGACCGAAAACAACACGCAGUCAUCAACAGACGGUCUUCAAUGAUUUAUCUUUUUUUUACAUUGAUAUUGUAUUAACGAGUCAAAUUAUUUUUGUCUAUACAUUCGUAAUUGUAUACGUAUUUUAUUUUUUAAUUAAAAUGACAACUUAAAGACAACAUGAGAUCUUAGUGCAUGACAAACUCAUAAUUUGGCAUUAUACUAUAUAAAAUUGAUUUUAUUAUAGAUGUAUAACAUGAAGAUGCAGUGAAUGACAUGAUCAUUUUUUAGUUUGUUUUAUAAUUAAAAUUUCCAUAAUAUUUAAUAAUCUGUAUACACAUAAAAGGUGAGUGACUAGUGGUGCAAUAAUAUGAACCCCAAAUUAAAUACAAUGCAAUUGAAAA